AUGCAAAGUGAUACGUUAUUUUCGAAACUAAGAGCAUCCCGAAAGAAAUCUACGAGAAAUGAUGCAAUCAAUACAAUACAAAGAAAUCCUAAAGUGAUUAGAUCCACCACAAACACCACACAUGCAAACAGUAUUGCUUUAAAUGCAGGGAGUUUGAUUGUAGGGUCGAGUCAUAACAAUAUAACACAGGGUUCGAACCUCAAGAGACUUCAAGUAUCCCGAGCUGAUUUCGAAGAAGUUCCAGCACUCAGUAAAAAUUCGCUUGAUUCUCCAUCACAUAAACGCUCCUCUCACGAACUAGAGCUGUACUACCAUGAAACAAGAGUCUCUAAUGAAUUAAUUCAAUUAGAUCUUUCCCAAUUUAAGGAUAUACGGCAAAAUGAUUUAUGUGAAUUUAGAACAUAUAAUGGGAAAAUCACUAGUGGAGAUGAUGAUUCAACAACUAGUGGAGGAUUGAGAAAGAAAAUAUAUUUUAUUGCAAAGGACAAUUGUCCUUUCGAGAAUAAAAUUAAUGCUGGAACAACCGUAACUCAAUUGAACAACACAUCUGCAGCUUUAGGAAUUACCACUACAACGACUAAUACUACCAUUACAACGGCAUCAGCAAGUAUAAAGACAAUGCAGACAAAUGGAAGUAAUAUAUUCCCAGAAUCUCGUGAGACUAACGAUAUAGAUGGUGUUUCUCUCGAGAAACCAGAGCAGCAACAUAAUAUAGGUACAAUAUCGUUACUCUCGGGACAACUUAAGACUAUGAUAGAUCUCCCUACAAAAUCAAAAGUUUGGAUUAAGAAAAAAAAUAAAAAAAAAUAUCAGGCUGACUUGAUAGAGAUAAAUUUAAAAGACUGCUUCUUGAAUAGAGGUGACAUGUGGGCACUUUCAUCUCAUUUACAAGAUACUUGUGUUUUCUCAGACCAAAGACUUACAUUUAUCGAGGCUAUCAGAGGUACGGUGAAAGGUAUAUAUAGAGAUGGUCAUAAAGUAUUAUCAGGGUAUAUUGGUGAAUCUACCCGUGUUGUAUUCCGUUCAGAGUCUGCAAAGUUGAUGUUUUUAAUUCAAAUUACAGAAGAAAUGUGGAAUUUUGAAGAAACAGGUGAAAAAUUAUUUCAAAAAAUGGUCAAUUCUUUAUUUCCAAAAAUUUUCAAGAAAUGGAAAGCUAUAGAUACGCAUCAUUCUAUCACAAUAGCUUUUGCAAUAUCGAUGGAUCUUUCAGAUUCUCCAUUCACAGAUUUAAAACCUGGUGAGAAAUUAAAAAACCCAGUGGAUCAUUUUCGUAUUGUUGUUGACCAAGUCAAUAUCAUACAUUGGGUACAAAUUAUGGAAACAUUGAAACUUGAAUUUUUAAAUAUUAAAAACAACUUAUUAAAUAUUAUGACCGAGAAGGGAUAUAAUAUUUUAAAGGGAAGGUUCUCUCCAGUAAUUAAAUCGAAUUUUUUGGAAUUAAUUAAUUUUGCUACGACUGUAUUAGUCGACCCUUUUAGACAAGUCGAUUUACGUCACACUACGACGCAUGUAAUGAUUAUAUCACCAGGGUCAGGACUAUAUGAUGUAGAUUAUGAUCUAUUGAAUUUAACUGGAAAGAAACUAUUAUCCCUCGAAAUGACAAUGGAUCUAAUUUGUCUUUCAAGAGCCCCUCUACACAUUGUUCCUUUAUUUCGAGCAAUAGAUUAUGAAGAAAAAUUGCAUUAUUGUAUACCCAACUGGUUGAGUAUAUUCUUCUGGAACGAUUCAUCCAAAUCCAUCGAUGAAUGGCACCCACGCUGUAAAAUUUAUGAUUUACAAAUGAUGGGGUUAACGGAUAAUGAAAUUAUGGAACAAGCAGAUAUACCUUACCUUAGCGCAAAUAUUAAGAAGGAUCACUCGAUUAGCACUGUGGUCUCAAAUUAUGAAAGAAAUAUAUUUAAUAUUCCAGAAUAUUCAUCCUCACUCCAAGACAAAAAUAAUAUAAUUAGACAACAACAGAAAGUUCAAAGUAAUAAGUCGACGACACACACACUUAAUCAAAGGCAAUUAUCGAGCAGGCAAAACACAUUGGCAUGGAGACAACUGACUUUCUCGGAACCAGUGACUGAAGCUGUUCAGACAUUUAAUGUGGUAGGUGAUAUGGUAGCUUUAAACGAGACUGCAGAAACAAAUAGAGACAAUACGAGUACUAAAAGUAGUACACAAGAAACAACAUUAGAGCCUAUUACUAGUUAUAAUGAUCCAUCAAGUACAUCCAAUUCUGCCGCUAUGGAUUCAUUAAGGGGAAUCAGUGGCAAGAGAUCAAUUAGGGAUUUUACAAGGAAUCUAAUGGUAAAAAUCAAUAAUGGAAUUAUUAGGACAAAAAAUGUGGAUAAAACUCAAUCAAGAUAUGAUAAUCAUGUAAAUACUAAUCCUCAAAAUGGAAUUGAACCUAAGCCAGCAAGAGUUAAUAUUAGAGAUACAACACCUUAUAAAACCACCCCUAAUGUGCAAUCAUCCACAUAUUCUAUUUCAAGACGUAACAGUAGUUCCAAAACAACCCUAAAUAUUUUCUCACCUCCACAAGAAAAUGUUAAGAAAUCAGGAGAGCGAGUUUCUACUUCCUCAAUGGUUAAGCCUCAGAUUGACAAUAAUAGUCAACAAAUCGUGGAUCUUAUUGGUACCGAUAUUUCUGAAAAUUUAACAGAGGAUAUAGUCUUAAACUAUAAGGAUAAUGAUAUAGGAUUAUACGCUUCAAACCCAGCCAUUAAUUCGAGACCAUUUUCUUUUUUCGACAAUAAUCCAAAAUAUGAAAGUAAUACAUAUAUAUCAAAUGAAACCUGGAUCGAAAUAAAAAAUCCCUCCGUUCCUGUGAAUUUGGAGAUUGCUAAUCGUUUAUUACCUGUCCGCUGGAGAGAUGUUUGGCCUCAUUUUGUUGCUAAAAAGUAUAGUAAAUGGAGAUCGUUUACAACUCCAGCAGAUUUACCAGUAACAAUAUCAGCAUUCCCAACAAAAGAAGAUUUUAAGAAUAACUUCUUUUUCAGAAACCAUUCAGUCACAUUAAAUAUUGAUCAAGAAUCGUAUAAUCAAACUGCACUUGAUCUAUUGAGGAAUAUAAUAUACAUGCGUUUGGUCACUGGCUUUCAAUUGUGUUCUGGUGAGCAGGUUGAGAAGUUGGAAGAGUUGAGAACUAAUUCGGAUGAUGGAACAGCUGUCGUAAAAUACAUAGAUAACAAAGAAUGGGAGGACAUCAAGGUUUAUUUAAUUAUUGACUCUGAAAUUCACCGAAUAUCUUGUAGUCAGAAUGGGACGAUAGAUGUACAGAGAUAUCUAAGGAAAAAUAAUAGUGACCUGUUCGAUCAAGUUCCUAGUUAUCUUCCUCUUAUUAAGACUCGAUACGAAACUGUCUAUAGAGACUCUAUGAUAGACCCAAUUCAUGUGAAGAGACCGUCGUUGAACUGGAACCAAAUCGAUCAGGUCAUAGCGGGCUACGGUGAUUAUGUUUUGGACCGAUCUUGGCAUGGGUUUAGAUCCAAAUUUGUUGUUUUACCAUCUGAAGCUACGCCAAAUAAUUUUUCGAUAAUUGUAAACGGCAAGAACGAAGUACUUUCAGUAGAGGAGCUCAGGUUAGAGGGACUACGUCGUUUAAUUAAUUCUAUUACAAAGUGCAAAUUAAGAAGUGACAAGGAGAAAAGAAUGAAAAAAUCAAAGAAAGAUGAACUACAACCAGAUGUAAUAUUUUAUACUGGGUCGCUUCUAAACUUUAUUGAUGAGCACCAAGAGUCAUUAAAUAAUGUCAAUAAAAAUACAAUUGAUUCCCUUUUUAAUGACGACAAAAUUUUACUGGACAAGAAUACGGAACUAUUUAAGUUAGCACACGAAUUACAGCUUGGAAGAGAUAAAUUAAUGUUAGUCAAUAGAAAAUGGCAUUGGAAAAGACAUUUAAAUUGUUUUGUUGGUUCAGAAAUGGUGUCUUGGUUAGUUCGAAAUCUCUCUGAUAUCUUCACUAGGGACGAUGCCGUGGUAUUUGGACAGACAUUAAUGGACGAAGGAUUAUUCCACCAUGUCCUGAAUAAGCAUAGUUUCCUUGACGGUCACUAUUUUUAUCAGUUUAAACCCGAAUAUAAGAUUAAUUCACAAACACUAGAUGGAAUAAACUCCCAUCAUUCUAUUUCAGAAAUAUCUAAAUUUCCAGAGUCGGAGUAUAUUUCUAAAGCCGAAGAUAUAAAUCACCUUUCUCAUAUCGAUUCUAAGGACUCAGAUUCAACGAAUUGCGGUGAUUCAACUAAUAAAGGUACAAAGAAUGGGUCAACUAAACCAAUGGUUACACUAAGUAGUUCGAUUCAGAUUGAUGUCGAUUCAUUGAACAGAUCUUAUAAACAAGAAGUUUGUACAGUUCACUAUGACAGAGUUCAUAACCCAGAUCACUGCUUUCAUAUCAGGUUAGAAUGGAUGACUACGACCCCAAAAUUGAUUGACGAUUUACUCGGGAAUUGGUCCAGAAUUUGUGAACGUUAUGGUCUUAAGCUAAUUGAGCUUCCUUGGGAAGAAUUAUGUUCUCUCCCAAGUAUGAAUCCAUUUCACUCGUUUGCUCAGAUAACACUUGCCAUCAAUCCGUGGGAAGACCCGGAGUUCUACGAUAAAGAACUUUUUUCUUCGAACAAAUUCUAUUAUCACAUUUGUUUACUUAAAUUAGCCGGGUUCCUCCUGGAUAAUAGGGCAUCUAAAUUCCUACAAGAAGGAGAAAUUAACUUUGACAUAAAUUAUUCGUGGGGCAAACCUCAGUUUAAAUAUGCCCAAUAUAUUCACAAUAGUGGAGCCUAUAUUGCUGAAAUUAGAGAAAACGGUGAGUUCUUUCUUGCACCAAAUAAUAUUCAUAUUUCAAGGGUAACACCUGGAAAUAUUAAGGGCAAGUAUCAUUCCUCCUCGAGAACCACAUUCAAUUCCCAAACUUUAGUUAUGGAGUUUAAAGAGAAAUGGUCAGAUUACAAUCAAUUACACCCGAUUUUUGAACAAAUAAAAAAAAAAUGGAUAGAGACUGGGAAUGUAGACGAAUUCUGA